AUGGACAAUCCAGUUUCAAUCUAUGCCUCGAAUACUCAACACCAGCUAAUGAAUCCCUUAUUUAUGAAUAAAAUUGAAUCCUUAUCGCCUAAAAGCUCGUUAUCACCAAGUGCUAUAAAUAAUCCGUCUAUAUCACAUCAUUUUUAUGCACAUAAUUAUUCUGUUUUUAAAACGCCGAACCUAUCAUAUUCCGAUCAAAAUAACCAGAAUCCUUCUAUCAUCAAUGCAUCAACGGAUUUAACAAAUUCACGUGAAACAUCAACAUUUUCAAGAAAUGAUGUACUUGACUUAAAAAAUACUAGAAAUUCCAAUUUUUGUUCAGAAUCCAGCUUAUUGUCAUCAUCUGUUACAUCUUCCUCCUUCUCUUCCUCGUCUUCGGUAUCAUCAUCAUCGUCAUUAUCAUCUUCAUCAUCGAGAUCAGGAAUAGUGACAGCAUCAAAUUCAACAGAUGAACUGCCUUCUGUUCAAAUUCCAAUGUUACUUUCAUCCACUUCAUUCGAAAUCCAUUCUGCUACUACGCCUACUUCUAUUACAUCUAUUACCACAGUAACUGGUAAUAAUGACAAUAAUAAUAAUAGUAACUAUGAUCUAGUGGAAUCAUCUAAUGAUAUACAAAAUUUAUAUAUAAAUACAAUGAACUGUCAAUACAAUAGCAAUGAGUUAAUCAAUUCACAUAGUUCUACUCCAUUACAUUUAGUGAAUUAUUCAAGUCUGAUUAACUACUCACCAAAUAAUGAGGAUUAUCAUCAAUUAGGUGGCUAUCAACAAUUUCAUCAUCAACAGCAUCAUGAGAAUCAACUUCUAGAGAAAAGUUCAUUAGAUGAUUCAAAAUCAGUUAACUUCACUUCAAGUAAUUUACAUUGGAAUAGUACUUCAGAUGAAUCUCAAUUAUCGUGUAUUGAUAAAUCUAUGGAAAACAUAAGAAAAACUAUUUGCUCAAAUAGUACAAAUGUGACAAAUACUCCUAAUAUAAAUCGUUCUCUUAGUAAUAUUAGUAUAGAGAAACUGGAUCAGUUAAUACAUCGAAGCACUGAUCCUAGUCAUCAUAAAUAUCAUUAUUCAAAAUUAUUUAAUUCAUCAACGAAUGAAUUCACUGAAUAUAAAAAUAAAUUUAAAACAAAUUUAAUGAAAAAAGAAUUUGAAAUUAAUUCACCAACAUUGCAAACUUUAUCUUCUGUAUCCGUUUCAUCAACAUCAUCAGUGACAACUUCUGUCACAUCAACACUAGUAGAAACAACGUCAUCAAUAUUAUUAAAACAAGAACCAGACAACUCUGUGUAUAAUUUAAAUCAAGACAAAACAAUACCAAUCAUAAGCUCGGAUCACUAUCCUCAAAUAACAUGGUCAAAUCCAGAUUUGUCGAUCUCUUCCAUCAAUAAUAAUAAUAAUAAUAUUAAUGAUAAUAAUAAGAUAAAACUAGAAAUAAAAGAUGUUCAUAAUGAUUGUGAUAAUCAUUUAGAUCAUGAUCACAAUAAUAAUGAUCCAAUGGAGUCGAACAAUCAACUUAACCAAUCAAAGCAACUAUAUGAAAAUUAUUCUGAAAAUAAAUAUAAUUUACAUACUAAUAAUAGUAAUGAUAAUAACAAUAAUAAUUCACCGAAACCAAAAUAUCAAAUUGCAUUAUCAUUAACAACUAAUAUAUAUCCAACAAUCAAUUCAAAUUAUAGUAGAUUAAAACAAAACAAUACGACAAUAUGGAAUAAUAGUUAUGAUGAUAAUAGUAAUAGUAAUAAUUCAGAAUAUGAAAGUAUGUUAAAGUCUACACAGAAUCAUCUUAAUGUCACAACUGAUCUUAAUUCAAUUCAUCCACAACAAUUAACUAUGAAACAAAAUGAAGAAAUGAUAAUGAACAAUGAACAUUUAACAUAUUUUAAUGAAAAUAUUCCAUUUUCACAAAAUUAUUCUAAUGAUUUAAACUUUCUACCAUAUUUAAAUGGACAUCCUCAUUAUCCUCAUCCUCCUCUACCUUCUCCUCCUCAUUAUCAUCAUCUCUAUCAUGAAUAUUAUCCACAACAUAUGAAAUUGUCACCAUUUUUAAUGUCUGAUUAUAAUAAUAAUGAAUAUGCUCAUUAUCGAAAUAAUAAUAAUAAUAAUAAUAAUAAUAAUAAUAAUAGUUAUUUUUCAGAUGAUUUAAAAAAUCAUGAAUCUAGUAUAAUUCAGAUGAAUAAGUUGAAUUAUUCUACCAGUACUACUAACAAUAUUACUAAUAUAUCUGUUAGUAAUAAUAGUAAUAGUACUAGUAAUAAUAAUAGUAAUAGUAAUGUUAAUUGUGAUCUCUUUGAUAAAUACAAUCAUGAAUUAUAUACUAAUUCUGAUAAUAAUCCAUAUUCUGGCUAUAGUAAUAACUAUUCACAACUAUCAAAUUAUCCAUUUGAUGUAAAUACUACCACAUCAAUUAAUUUUUCAAAUACUUAUUUCGAUAAAGUUAAUAAUAGUAACCAAAAUGAUUCUAGAGAUUUAUUAAGUAGUAUAACAUUGACAAAUGCAUCACAAUCGAAUCAGUUAUCUGUAGAAGUUCCUGAUCAAUCUACUGAUACUGAUCAACAUGAUACACAUUAUUUAAACUGUCAUGAUCAUAAUCAUAAUCAUCAUCUUUCUCAUUCUCAUAUUCAAGUUCAUUCUACAUUGAAUCAACCUUCUCGUCAUCAUAAUCAUCAUCAUCAUCAUUAUCAAUCUUUGUUAUCUGAUUUUAAUUCAGAAUAUACAAAUCUAUUUGCGAAUACAAUGAAUUAUCAUUCAUUUAAUAAUGAAAUAAAUGAUAAGUAUAAUACGUCUAUAUCACCAACAUUGACAUCAUCAUCAUCGUCAGAAGUAUGUUCAAAUAAUUCAAAUACAACUAUACCGUAUAAAUAUUCAUCAAGUAAUACACAUAUGAAUUCAUAUGAUCCAAUGACACUUCUACAAGAAAUGAAUUUAAGUAGAAUUCAUUGUAAUAAUCAUAGACAUAAUUGUAACAGUAUUAAUAAUACCACAUCUAACACGAAUACAUCAACCACUACUAAUAACAAUAGUAUUAGUAAUAGUAAUCAUAAUGAUAAUUCUGGAAAUAAACAUACUAUGAAUGAACAAUUUAAUCGUCAAACAAAUCCAUACAAUUUAUUAGAACAAUCAAAUAAUUUCUUGAUGGCUGCCGCUGUUGUAGCGGCUGCUGCUGGCUCAACACCGAAUGAUUUAAAUAUGUCCACAGGUAAUCCAGUACGUCGACAACGACGUGAACGUACAACUUUUACAAGACAUCAAUUAUUAAUGUUAGAAGAAUUAUAUGCUAAAACACGUUAUCCUGACGUUUAUAUUCGUGAAGAAUUAGCUUUAAAAUUACGUUUACCUGAAUCACGUGUACAAGUAUGGUUUAAAAAUCGUCGAGCUAAAGGUCGUAAUCAACAAAGACAAAAUUCAGCAGUUGAAAAUAAUAAUUUAAUAACUAAGACUAAUAAUGUAAAUGUUUGUCAAUAUGAAAAUGUAAAAUAA